GCAGGGUGAGAGUGCGCGUGGGUGGAGAGCGUUUGACACACACACACUGACACACACACUGACACCCACACUGGCAGGGUGCGUGUGGGUGGAGAGCGUGUGACACACACUGACACACUGGCAGGGUGAGAGUGCGUGUGGGUGGAGAGCGUGUGACACACACACACUGACACCCACACUGGCAGGGUGCGUGUGGGUGGAGAGCGUGUGACACACACACACUGACACCCACACUGACACACCCACACUGACACACACACUGACACACACCCACACUGACACACUGACACACAUCACCCACACUGACACCCACACUCACAGGGCGAGAUCGACGCACGAGGAGUUCCGCGUUUGUGCGUGAAUCGUGGACGCUGGGGGAAUCUCUUCUCCAAACCCCUCCAGCGCGCUCUCCCCUCUCUCCCUCCUCUCCCCCUCCUCUCUCCACUCUCUCUCUCGCUCUAAGAGAUCAGCCCAGCCUCUCGUUCCCUCUCUCUCUCUCUCCCUGUCCCUGAUUCUGUCCCUACGUCGCUUUGUCUCUCGAUCUGUCCGCAAGCUCGCGGUGGCCGUCACUCUGCCUCGUGCUGUCUCGAGUCAUCACCCCGGUGUCUCUGUCACUCAGUCUGCCUCUUUGUGCCCGUCUCCCUCCUUAUUUAUGUGUGUGUCUCUGUGUGUGUGUCUCUCUCUGUGUGUGUGUCUCUCUGUGUGUGUCCCAGGCUGUCUCCCUUCGUCUCAUAGUUUGUAUCCGCGUGUUUCCUUAUUGUCCACAAAUCCACACUACCGGUGACUCUCUCUCUCUCUCUCCGGGUGUAACCUCGUUAUCAUUAUUUCGUGGCAUAAUCUCUUUCACUUUCUCUCCAACGCAUUUUGUUUCUCUCCCUCUCUCUUUCUCUUCAAAUCUCCCUUCUCCCCAUAUCUCUCUCUCCAUACAUCUCCCCCCUCUCGCCUUCAACGCUCCGUGCCGCUUUCUCUCCCCCCCCUCCCUCUCAUCACUUCGCAGUCUCCCUGUGAUGCUGGACAUGACAGGCGUCCAGAUGCUGCCGCUGCAGCCGGACGGGGCCCCCAAGGGCUGCGCCGGCUGCCACCGCAAGAUUCGCGACCGCUACCUCCUCAAGGCGCUGGACAAGUACUGGCAUGAAGACUGCCUCAAGUGCGCCUGCUGCGACUGCCGUCUGGGAGAGGUCGGCUCCACGCUCUACACGCGCGCCAACCUCAUCCUGUGCCGCAGGGACUACCUGAGGCUGUUUGGCGUAACGGGCAACUGUGCGGCGUGCACGAAGCUCAUCCCGGCGUUCGAGAUGGUGAUGCGCGUGCGCGACAGCGUCUACCACCUCGACUGCUUCGCCUGCCAGCUCUGCAACCAGCGGUUCUGCGUAGGAGACAAGUUCUUCUUGAAGAACAGCAUGAUCCUCUGCCAGUCGGACUACGAGGAGGCCGUGACCAAGGAGGGAUUCCGGCCGCAGGUCACGUCGUGACAUCCAUCACCCCCUGGAACUCCAAAUCCGCCCGAAACCCCUGGCCCCCCCUUGGGUUCAGCUUCUGCUCGAGAAACUCGAGUCGGUGUGUGCGUGCGAGUUGGUGGACUUUGUUUGCGUUUUGUUAUAUAUGUAUUUUUUUUUAUAUAGAAACGGAAAUAAUUUCACAUUUGGGUUUUGGUCAAAGGUCACUUCCUGGACUCGUCGUGCGAUCGGAGGUUUGCAUCGUCGUCACGGAGUGAAGCCGUCUUCCCUCCUCGUGGAACCCCCCCCACGACCCCCCCCCCCCGAAAGUCGUGUCGGGAGACAGCCGUGGAAAUUGACGCUCACAGAAACUAUGACGGUCUGGAGUCGCUCGCGGUAGAUAACUCGACGCAUCGCAGGUCGCCGCAUCGCAAGAGAGGGGCGGCGCAUCGCACGUCCCAACGGGGGCCCGCAUUUCCACCCGAAGCCUGCACACUUCACGUGGCCUCAAGCCGCCCCCAGCAUGGCACGAGCGCUGUGGUGAUGCCACCGAAAACCUUGCGUGGCAAAUGGCGGUUGUUGUUGUUAUUGUUGCUGUUGUUGUAGUUCAUCUUUCGGUUAAUUCGUAAGGACAAGACUGCUACUUCAAGGGACAUCUCUGGCACCAACACUAAACGUGCUCUCCAAUCAUGCUGCGACCACAAACAGCCGCCGUUUGUGAUGUCAACGUCGGCGCGUGUGCCAGGCUAGGUGCACUCGAGUCUUGGCCGAGGAGAAGUCACCGGUCGGGCUCCGAGCGUGUAACUCGUGUGACUGCGCUUUGCACGGUGUCAACGUUUUUCAACUCCGUUUCACCCGCACGACGUUCCGCUCGUUGUCGU